CCAAUAAUUCCGCGAAACAAUCCGGCGCGAAUCGCUGCUCGUCUCAACAGACACAGCAGGGCUUUUCUAGUUAGCGGACAUCUUGCAGAGUGGUGUGACAGACUCUCGCCGCCUGAACACACAAAGCCAACAAUUACCUAGAGCUAGUCCUAGCAUCUGAGUUCUUUGGUUCAUCUCUUUCGGUGCUCCAGGGCUAGCGACAGCAGCGGGGACUGCCUGCGGCCUUGAAAAUCUCUCCGCAACCUCUGCCUUAAUUCCGAAAUCUCAGAACUACAUCUCCCCUGCCACAUACAUACAUAUCUUAUUCAAGAUGUCCACCCAACGACAAGCGACCUCCGCCUCGCAAACCCCGCACAUCUCGCCCGCCGAGCUCGCCUACCUUUACACCUCGCUCAGCCUCCCAGACGGCCCCAUCCGGCCCGACGGCCGCUCCGCCACACAAUUCCGGCCGCUGACCGCCGAAACGGACCUGCUGCCAGGCACGAAUGGGAGCGCGCGCGUCGGGUUCGCGGACGGGACGCAGGCGAUCGUCGGCGUGAAGGCCGAGGUGGAGCGGACGGUUGUGGGCGCCGGUCAGCAGCAGGCCGCUACAGCGAGCGCGAGCGGGGAUGGUGAAGGGAACGACGGCGAGGAGGGUGCUCCGGCGGCGGGCCACGGGUCCUGGGUGCAGAUGAGUAUCGAGAUCCCCGGGUUUCGCGACGAUGAUGCCCUCCCUGUGUUCCUGGCGGAGAUGAUGCGCGAGCCGUUGGUUGAGAGUGUUUCUUCGUCGGCGGCGGCUGGGGAUGGGGAUGGGGAGAUGGAGGGGGGCUUGAAGGGAAGGCUGGUUAUUAAUCGGAGGUGGCAUUGGAGGUUGUAUAUUGAUGUAUUACUCCUCUCGCAACCUCUCUCCUACCCUCUCCCGCUGUUGUCCCUGACGACUCACCUGGCGCUUCUGGCGACGAAACUCCCCAAGUUGAAAUCCAAGGGCGAGGAGGAUCCGUUCUUCGAUGAUGAUUGGAAUGCCGCUGAGUAUCUGUAUCCGAGGGUCUCUUCUACAACUUCUUCAAAGCUCGGUGCCGCGCCUUCACCGGCUCAGCAUGUCCGUCCCCCCGUUACCUUGUUGGUUAUCGCCGUCGGCGAUAAUGUUAUCUUCGAUCCCAAUCGCGAGGAGAUCGCUGUCGCUGAUACCGUGCUGGCUAUCUCGGUGACCCGCGAUGGCGGGGCCGACGGCGGCCUGAAGCUGUUGUCUAUCCGCACGAUCGAUCCCCCUUCGCGACUGACGCAGCCGGGCGUGCCAAAUUCCGAGAAUGUGGCUACGCUGGGGGCCGCGGCUUCGAACGCUGGCUCCGAGGAGCAACAGCAGCAGCAGGCGGUUCUGAAUCCCGUGACGGGUGAGGAGGAGGUUCCGGGUGUGUGGAGGCCCCGUCGUGGUGGGGUUAAGAGGCGGACGGUGGCUCAGAUGGUGAAGUUGGUGCUGGAGAAGGGUGGGGUUGGGGAUGAGGUUCUGGAGGGUUUGGAGGCUGUGGAGGUUGGUUGA